AUGGCGCAGAACCUCAAUGUCACUCCGGACGUACAGAUUGAGCCUCUGUUCCUGCAGCUUUUUAAUUAUGCCGACAAAACCAACAUCCUGAAGCUGGAAGACUGGCUCUCGAUCCUGACGCUCUGUUUGUCCCCACUGAUUGCCCAUAUUCUUUCAGGCGUCCCGACCGUCGUCCGGCGAUGCCCCAGUCCCCCGACAUGGCUCGACACGCUUUGCCUAUACAAUCCCACUACCAUCCUAUGGCGAUACCUCGCCAUCGUGGAACGCCGCGUGAGGUAUCGCCAUCGUUGGGAUGCAGCGGACAUGGCCGCCACGAAUGCACUGUUUUGGACGUCACACGGCUUCGACGGCUCCGAAGACAUGAUGAGGCAGAGCCGAAGCUUCUGUACGCGAAUCCCACAUCAUCACCACUCAGAAAUCUGGUCAAUCGAUUCGAUUAAGACUGUCAUCGUCACCCUGCAAGGUAUCCAAGCCCUCGUCGUUCUAGUUCGCGGCAUCUUGGCGUUAGCCAGCAUUGGUAAUCAACCGUACAACGCAACCAUCUCCAUGAGCACUAUUUUCUACCCUCUUGCGGUCAUCGGUCUCCUUCGCCUGUUCGCUGCCCCCUGGCUGACCGAGAAUUACACCUACCAUGAGCAUGAAACCUACGGGAGUAGCAGGAUUUUGGCACAGCAUAUCAUCCACACCCCGUCUUCGGAUGGCCCUUCCUAUACAGCCGUGCGCAGCAGCCAUGACGCUAAAAUUGUGACACCGUCCAAUGCGUCACUCUUACCCACAAGCCCGAUGGCCAUCCGUGACCCGUCGCUCGAUGUUUGUCUGCCUCCCAGUAGACCUUGCCUUCCCACCCAGGCCGCCGUUGUGAUCGUCCGUUGCUGCUAUCUCGGCCUGUUAUGUGCUAUUUUGGCCAUCUGUGUGUGCUAUAUGAUCCCUCACCAGGGGGUCACUGAGCUGCUGACGCAGCCACCAUCUGCGUCAGUCCUUUGGCUACUUCCCAUUAUGUAUAUUGUGUUCAUUGUCGUAUCGAUCAUCCUCUUCAUCAUUUACCUCAUCCGGUGCGGCCGGGAGACAACCACCGUCAUCCCGUGUCUUCGCACAUGGUGGUAUCGCGCGUACACCCUUCUCUUCAUUGCAACAGCAAUUGCGUUGAUUGUCCUCUCCGGUGUCUACACAAGGCGGACAUCAUGUGGCCAGCUGACAGUUUUCCCAGCCGAACUUGACCAGGAGGUGUGCAAUGGGACACCCAUGCAGGUGGACAAGGCUGUCGGACCGUUUGGAAUAGUUACUCAAGCGCCAGGACUCACACCAGAAACCUGGGUCUUACCAUUGAAGGGCUGGUGCUCUGGAACCUUGACAGGGGAGAUCCUCCCAGUCGAAUCUGUGUCAUGA